GAGAGAGGGGGGGUUCUCCAUUCAUCAUUGAUCCACUGCAGGACUGUGUUUCAGGGGGUGUGAAUUAUGGGCCCCUGCUGUCACUGUGACUGCUCUGCGUUGGACAUUUCACCUCGCCACUGUAAAUUUAAAAGGGGAUUACAUUUUGCUGACUACUGAUUUCAAAGCCGUAGCCUGACCAAGUGCAGACAGCUGGCCGGUUCUCCUGACAGAAGACUUAAUACAGUCCGCAUUUGCAAGAUUUGGGAUUUUACAGGAGUCUGAACAAGGCUACUGGAAGAGAAAACGUAUUCUGGAUCACAUAUUUACGCAUGUAGACUACGGACUCUAUCUCUCCAGGGAAAAAAAAAAAAAAAAAAAACGUUUUGUAGUUAACUGGGCGUUUUGGACGCGCUCGGUAAACGGUGAUGCUACGGCGGCGCGCAAGAUCCGUAGAGGGAAGAGACAGAGAGGAAGAAGAGCGACCGGAGAGGGCGAGUUGGCGACUGGCACCUGCCUCCGCCUCCCUACCUGGCCAUCUGGUGCGUACAUGUGUGUUGCUGCCAUGGCGACCGUGGCUCCUCCCCUCACAUUUCUCCUCUUGCUGCUUCAACUGGCGGACGGCUCAUUCCCAGAGGAACCCAGUCCACUCAGCUAUGUCCCCAUAGAGGUUGUGCGGAGGUAUCCAGUGUUCUUGGGCAGAGCUCAUCGUUCAGCUCAGAGACAGGAGCUGCACAUCCAGACGGUCCUCCAAGUCAACCGCACGCUCUACAUAGGAGCCAGAGAUGACCUGUACAGAGUGGAGCUGGAUAACAUGGCAGGGGAUGAGAUGUUCUACAGCAAGAAAAGGACAUGGGAAUCCAAUAAAAACGACAUUCGAGUAUGCCGGAUGAAGGGCAAACAUGAGGGAGAGUGCCGUAAUUUCAUCAAGGUUUUGCUCCGCCAGCAUGGUGGCCUGUUUGUAUGUGGAACAAACGCCUUCAACCCGCUGUGUGCCAACUACACUAAAGACACUCUAGAAAUGGUGGGAGAGCCUGUCAGUGGGAUGGCACGGUGCCCAUAUGAUCCACGACAUGCCAAUGUGGCUUUAUUUGCUGAUGGUAGUCUCUUUACCGGUACUGUGACAGACUUCCUGGCCAUCGAUGCGGUGAUCUAUCGUAGCCUCGGCGACAGCCCCGCCCUCCGCACAGUUAAACAUGACUCCAAAUGGUUCAGAGAGCCCUACUUUGUGAGCUCCAUGGAGUGGGGGCCUCAUAUUUAUUUCUUCUUCAGAGAGAUGGCCAUGGAGUUUCAUCAUCUCGAGAAGGUGAUGGUGUCCCGUGUGGCUCGUGUGUGUAAGGCAGACCUGGGUGGCUCUCAGCGCGUCCUCGAGAAACAGUGGACCACAUUUCUGAAGGCGCGGCUCAACUGCUCCGUCCCGGGAGAUUCACACUUUUACUUCAACCUCUUACAUGCCACAAGCAACAUCAUCCACAUGCAGGGACGAGAUGUCAUCCUGGGUCUCUUCUCUACGCCACCAAACAGCAUCCCGGGCUCUGCGGUGUGUGUGUUUGACAUGCAGCAGCUUGCUCAUGUUUUUGAGGGCCGGUUUAAAGAGCAGAAAUCCCCUGAGUCUAUUUGGACUCCAGUGCCGGACGAAGCGGUGCCUAAACCGAGGCCAGGGGGAUGUGCGGUGCGGGGAUCCAGAUUUAGCUCCUCCAACAUGCUGCCGGAUGAGGUUCUGAACUUUGUGAAGACCCACCCACUGAUGGACGAGACCGUUCCACUACUAGGGCACAGACCCUGGGUGGUCAAGACUAUGGGACGGUACCAGUUGACAGCCAUGGUGGUGGACACUGAAGCUGGCCCCCAUAAGAACCGUACGGUCUUGUUCCUGGGCUCAACCCGAGGAACCAUCCUGAAGUUUCUAAUGCUUCCCAGCGGAGAUCCUGUUUCCCACGGCAGUGUGUUUCUGGAGGAGGUGGAAGGGUUCAACCCAGAGAAGUGUGGUGAGGACUCUCCUCAGGCUCGUCAGCUGUUGUCUCUGUUGUUGGACCGGAGCAGUCACACUCUGCUGCUGGCCUUCCCUUCCUGUCUAGUCCGAAUGCCCACAUCUCGCUGCCACCUGCACUCACGCUGCAUGAAGAGUUGUCUAGCCUCCAGGGACCCGUACUGUGGCUGGACCAGAGGCAGCACCUGCUCCUUCCUGAGACCAGGCACACGGCUACCUUUUCAACAAGAUGUGGAAUAUGGAAACACCACCUCCCAUCUAGGAGACUGCGAUGGAAUUCUGCAGCAGAGUUUGCUGAUUGAGCCGGAGAGCUUGGUCUCCCUCAACCUGCUUGUGGCAUCUGCAGUCUCCGCGUUCACCAUCGGGGCGGCGCUCUCUGGCCUCGCCGUCUGCUGGAUCAUGGCCCACAAGCCCACCAACCGUCGCCACGGCAACACCUCCCAGUCCUCUAUCCAGCGGCGCGAAAGAGGCCUGCUGACUAAUGGCGGUGGGAUGGGAGGCUCUGUGCUCAGCGUGACGCGGCAGGGAGGAGGGGAGCGCCCCUGCUCUCAGGGUGGGGAAACCCUGUUUGUCAUGCCCAAUGGCUGGGUGAAGUCAGGAGAGCUCGACCCGGGUUUCCUGCCCACCCCGGAGCACACACCCCAGCAGAAACGCAGAGGCCUAAGACUUUCUGACUCCAACUCUGGAGGGUGGGACACCAGCCAGACGUACCUGGGCGGAGGCUCCGUUGGGCUGGGUUCGCCUUGUCGCAUCCCCCCAUCCGUCUACCUGACCACCAGACUCUUCCAGCAGGGGGGAGGCGGGAGGCACAAUGGUGAGAGCCGGGGGAAUGACAUGCUACGCCAGCACUAUGUCUGCCUGAGCAAGCAAGAAAAAGGAGUGAAGGGGACGCCCAAAGCCCCUCUCAGGAAGUCUGCAGGAGAAUAUGUGUACCCCAUGACCCCCCAGGACUCGCCCGAGCGUCGGAGGGUGGUCUCUGCACCCAGCGCCCCCAUGGAGUAUGGCGAGCCACUGCCUUUGCGUUGGCCGGCCCCCGAAGGAUACAUCCUCAGCAGCCACGGCAUGGUGCCCGUCCCCAUGCCUCCACCCUCCAUGCCCGCUCCCAGUGGCCAGGCUUACGUGUCCCAGCAGCACACCCCCGGGCUGAGCAGGGCUCUGCUGAGAGGGGCCCUGGAGCGCGGGGAGCUGGGCGAGCUGGUGGAUCUCAGCCAGCUCAUGAGUAAGAAGAACUGCAGUGAUAGGACUCAGGCUGGCCAGUGACUCUUGAGGAAGUAAACAGGAGCUUUUCCAUAUUCAGAGCUCUUUGUUUUAUUUACAUAGAUCUCUCCUUUCUCUUUCCUCCUCAUUCUGUCCAUUCACUCUCUCUUCCCUUCUAUUUUCCCUACAUCUCUUUUUGUCAUUCAGCGCCUCUGAUCUCCUCUAUCAGUCUCUCAGGCAUCCCCUCCUCCUCUUACCCCACGAUGAGUCUCUCUUUAUGACUGGCUGCUGGGUCUGCCACUCAUAUCCUGGCUCACACUAAUUGGUCAGAUAGACUGAGGUUGUUGCUGUGUCUGCAUUGCAGAGUUGCCUCUCUCUCCUGCUAUUCAGCAGCAGCGGGAUGAGGGAGGAGAGAGGAUGGAGGGGAAAGAAAGAAAGAAAGAAAGAAAGAAAGAAAGAAAGAAAGAAAGAAAGAAAGAAAGGAAGGAAGGAAGGAAGGAAGAAAGGAAGGAAGGAAGGAAGGAAGGAAGGAAGAAAGAAAGCAGAACGAGGGGCAGAGUCGACAGAGACAAAGAUGGACAUGGCACUUAGAGGCUGCCUUCUCUGUGCAGAUUAACUGAGUUUGCAGAGCCAGUCAAAUACUGCUACCGGAGUGGGAUGCUUUUUCCCUCUUGGAUAACAUUAACAAGACUGCCACCCAUCUGUUUUCCACAAUAUUACCUGUUGGUCUGAUUGCCAACUAGGUACUUGAAAUGAAAUCUGCAAACAAAUCUGGUGGAUGAUAAGGAAACACAAAAUCCUUCUCUCCGUUUCUCUUUCUCUCUCCUCUUUGCUGCACACAUACAGUAGAUGCAUACAUGUUUUUGUACAGGUGACGGAGGGUAUUUAGUAUUCUAUAUGUACGAGACGCCCGGCGUGUGUGCCAAAUGCCUCUAACCGGUCCCACAGGCAUAUGGGACCAUAACUCACGUCUUUGGAGAGCAGAGUGCAGGACUGAAAUGUCAGCACUAUUUCUGCCAACUGCAUGCUCUCUGUAAUGACGGCAUCUCAGCCAUCCAUCGCUGUAUCCGUUUGCCUCCUUACACUCCAUGUACUCUUUAAUGACCAAUAAUUCCACGAGGACGUCUGGGGACAUUGCACCCCCGAACUCUGGACUGACUUUUAUCAAAGCUGGACAGAAAGGAAGAAAGAGAGAUGUUUUUUGGAGGAUUUAAAGUGGAUGCACUGCAAUAUGUGAACACCUUGUCCUUCACUGUCACCUUAGGGUUUGUACACACGCAAACACACACACACAGACACACACACACACACACACACACACACACACACACACACACACACACACACACACACACACACACACACACACAGGAGCACACAUUCAUUACUGCUGGAUUAUAGGACACAGUCCAGUUUUAUUGGGAAAUUCUUCCCCCUAAGCCAACAGUGGGUCAUGGUCCCACAGACGUGAUACAGAAUAAAGUGACAGUCACAGUGGUGAUGAUUGAAACCUCUGGCCUAACUCAAAGCCAGUAGAGGUAAUGGAAAUGUUCCCAGCAGGCAAAUGGGACUAUAUAUUCUGCACAUCAAAGUGUCCAGUGCCAUGAAAUGGUCGGCGUUUGGAUCAACACUACAUGGUGCGAGUAUGUUCGAGGUCGAAGUCAUAAAAAAACAGGGACAAGAUGAAGACAGAAGCCAAAAGCAAGUAAGACUUGAUGAAAGGACUGUGGAGAAUAAUGAGAAUUUGUUAUAAGUGACCAGAUGAUUUGAUUUUCACGCACAGUCCCAGGCAGUCGUGAAAUGGACGCUGGUUUGUGCUGACUUUGUGGUGAGCAGCAAUAUAUGGUUUGUCUGUACAUAGUAAACUUUAAUUUAGAUAAAAAUGAUAUUGUAAGACAAAAAGUAACUCCAAAAGAAAAUGACAUUAGGCACUAGCUUGCAAACAAAAAUAUCAUGUCAUUAUAGCUAUUAAUGUAUGAAAAUCUUUUUCAUAUGAGUUUCAUAUCAACCCGCUUCAAGAUUGAAGAGACUACCAGUGUCUUUUUUUUCUUUUUUUUACAUUUGUGUGCCAAAACCAUGAAUGUUUUACUGAUGCCUGAUUACUGAAGCAAAAAAACUUGUUUUAAAGUGCCAUGAAGACCAUUCAGUCAGCAGUGCACCUCAUGCACUGUGGUGUUGGAGAACUCACUUGUUGCAGUAUACUUGUGAUAUGUAUGCCUUUGACCUUUACAUGCUGAAUGUUAUAUAUCAUUUUUUUAUUUAGAUGUCGGCUUGUACUGUUGAAAUCAUUUCAAAUCGUGUUUGAGGGUCUGUUUAUAAACUACAUUCAUGUCACACUUAUAUACUGUAAAUAAGCAAGAAUGAACACAGAGACUUUGUCAUGCCCUUUAUGAUUAUACUGUAAUGCAUUCACUGAUGCCCUGACAUGAGCCGUCUUUAUUGCAGAAUAGCCGAUAUGUAAUAAUAAGUAGUUCAUAAGCAAACCUUCAAAUGGACUGAAAUGCUGCGAGGGAACACUGUGCAUCCCAUUUUGUGUCAUAUCUGUCCUGAUUCUGGACUUUUGGUCUUGUUCUGUAGUCUGUGAUUGUCUGUCUGUCAUCCCCAACCAACUGCCAUACUGGAGGAUCUUGAAAAUACUUGUCAGCAUCGUGAGUGAAUGAACGUACUUGUUCUUUUUGGUUUGUUUAGAAUCAUUAUACUGUGCAGUAAUAAGGAAAAGCACAAAAAAAACUUUUCUCUUUUUUUUGUUUUUGCAUUUUGAAUAAGGAGCUGUAUCAUUUGUGAAUAGUGUAAAUAAUCAUCCUGAAGGUAUAGUGUUUCAGUUUUGGAGGGAUCGUUCAUGCUCUUCUGAGACAGGACUGUGUUUGAAGUGUGAGGUUUGUUUUUUUCCUUCGGUGACAAUGCUGUGAAUAAGAUGUAUGUACAGUAUUUACGUGACUUUGGCUGACUGCUGAGUUCAGCUGUUUCCUGUUAUUAGAGUAGAGUUGCAGGCCUGAUCUCAGCCAGAACUGAGCCUUCUCAUUUGACUGAUGCCUGCUGAGUUUUUUGCAGUUGCUAAGAUACUGCUGUUAUAAUAACCAUCGAUCUUUGGAGUACUGCUAUUAAAUGGCAUUAUAUAAUUGAC